UUAUUUUUAUAUUAUUUAGGAAGCUUUAGGCAGAAAACCAAAGCUGAAAAUUUUCAACAGAAACGAAUAAAAAAAGUGGCAUUUCAAUUAAAUGCUAAUAAAUCAAGAAGUUCCUAACCUACAAACCUUUAAAAUAUCAAAAAAUUAAAAAUCUACAAAUGCAAUCAAAAAAUAUCACAAAUUCAAGACUAUUCAUCUUCGCAUUUGCGAUUGGCAUAUCAAUCUACCUUUUUUACAUCUACAUAACUCUAGUGCCUGCCAAAACACAUUUGGAUCAUUAUGACAUUAGCAGUUUUAAGCAAGAGGAUCGUAUUGCUCCUCAGAGAAAUGAACUUUUGAAACUUUUAACAAAUCCACUUUGUGGUCGGUUUCCAAUGUUGACAGACUUAAAUGUUAGUGAUACAAAUUGGCAAGUUACAAAUACAUCUAAUGGAACCUUUUACCUUUAUAAUGCUUAUUUUGAUGAUCGAGAGGCGCUGAAAAAUAAAUCAGUAAUCAGAAUCCUGGCAUUAAUCAACAAAAUUGAUGUGUCUCUUAAAGCAUACUGUCAAUUAUGGUAUGAAGGAAUGAAUGAGCCAAUUCCUGUUAAAGUUCAAGAGUAUUUAAUGAUUUGGCCAAAGUAUUGGGGUACAAAUGAAAAAGGUGCUGGUCCAUAUUUAAUGACGUGUCCAAAUCCACUCUCAAAUGUCAGCUUAGUGCCUCAAUUUGUAUCAUUUGUUGAAGAAGAAUGUGGAAAUGCCAACAAUAUCUUCGAAAUUCGCAACAAAAGACCCAAAAAUGGACACAAAGAAAAUUUUUUAAUCAGUGUGAAAAGUUUGGACUUCCAAACUGACAUUUCGUUGCUUCUAGUCGAAUGGUGUGAAAUUUUGAAAAUUUUUGGUGUCAAUAAAAUCGAAAUUUUCAUCAUCAACGCUCAUCCAAAUGUUAUUCGAGUAUUAAAAAUGUAUCAGGCUGAAAAUUUGGUUGCUAUAAAAUAUCUGAAAUUCCCUCACGAACUUCCAAAUAAAGCAUCUGAAAGUUGGCAUCAAUGGACGCAGAAUGACUUAAUUCCAUACCAUGACUCAUUUUAUGAGAAUCUAUAUCAAUAUGAGUACAUGAUACCUAUGGAUGUCGAUGAAUUUAUUGUUCCUCGAAAAACAGAAGAUCGAACAUGGACGGAUCUUUUAACUAGAACAAUUCAAAAGUCAAGAGUCAAGAAUGAAACUUUUGAUGCGUUUCCUACUAUGAACAUGUACUUUGUUCUUAAAUCAGUUCAUGAAAAUGAAACAAUUCCUGGAAUUCCAAAAAACUUGAGAUUUCUGUCAAGCAUUUAUCGAGCAGCGAAUUUUACACCAAGUGGUGGAAAUGCCAAAACAUUUAUGAGAAUGGAUAGAGUUUUGACUGUUCACAAUCAUUUUCCAUUUUCAUGUCUUGACUCUGGAAAUUGCAAAUUGUUUGAUAUUCGUCCAGAAGACGGUCAUUUAGCUCACUACAGAACUGAUUGUGACAAUCCAGAAUGUAAACUUGCCAAGCCAAAUCCAACAAAAGAUACAACACUUUGGAAGUAUAAAGAUGAACUUUUGAAAAAUGUGAAAGAAGCGCUUCAAAGACUAAAAGAAUUUAAAUCUGAUAUUGAUAUUGAAGGACUGGAUAUAAAAUUGACAUAACCUUGAAAAGGUCCUAGUUAAGUUUCCAGUUGCACACCCCUCUUAUUUAC